AUGUUUAAAAAAAUUAGAUUUAAAGAUAUAUAUAUUCAAACAUAUUAUUUUUUAUCAACCGUUGAAUAUUUGCCAAAUAAUAAUAAAGGUAUCAUCGGUGCUAAAAAUAAUAUAUUAAUGUUUGAAAACCAUAUUAAUGAUUUUUUUGAAUAUACAGGAAGGCAAACACAAGCUAAUAAAAAUGAUCCAUUUUCUCAAAACUUUUUUUCUAUACCUGCUACUAGUAUUGCUUCUGAACAAGCAUUUAGUUGUACAGAUCAUAUUAUCAAUAAUAGUCACACUUUGUUGGAUCCAGACACG